GAAAAAUACAAGAACUCCGUGCAGAAUUGAAUUCUGACAAAAAAGACAAGCAACAUGUGAAGAAAAAGACUGUAUUAAAAAAAAUUGUAGCCAAUAUGACAAUGGGCAACGAUAUGAGCCCGCUGUUUGCAGAUGUUGUUGAUUGUAUGAAAAUUCCCGUGCUGGAAAUCAAAAAGAUGGUCUACUUGUAUCUAAUCAAUUACUCUAGAAGCAAACCCGAUAUGGCAGCAAAGGCGGUCGAUGCGUUUGUAAAGGAUGCUGAGGAUAAUAAUCCUCUAAUCAGAGCGCUUGCAAUUAGAACUAUGGGCUAUAUUAGUGUAGACAAGGUUAUUGAGGCUCUUGUUGAUCCGUUACGACAAUCUCUCCGCGAUGGGGACCCGUAUGUCCGUAAAACAGCUGCUACUACUGUCGCAAAGCUCUUUAUGCAUGAUAAGGAACUAGUCGAAAGCGAAGGACUUGUUGAUAAGUUGAGAGACAUGUUGACUGAUUCUAAUCCAACAGUUGUCGCCAAUGCCGUGGCUGCCUUAACCGAAAUAUCCGAGCGAUCAGACCAGAUACAGUUGAAGCUUAAUAUGUCCAUUGCUAGUAAGCUCGUAGCUGCACUUAACGACUGUUCAGAAUGGGGACAAACCUACAUACUAGAGGCACUGAUAUUUUACGUUCCUCAAGAGAUGGGAGAUGCCGAAAUGUUGGCUGAACGUAUUGCUCCAAGAUUACAACAUGCGAAUUCAAGCGUUGUUCUUACGGCUGUCAAAGUUAUAAUAUAUCUUAUGAAUUAUAUGACUAAGGACGACGAAAUCGUUGCCAUGUGCAGAAAAUUAUCUCCACCAUUGGUUACUCUGCUGUCAAGUGGACCCGAGGUUCAAUAUGUGGCACUUCGUAAUAUUCUAUUAAUUAUUCAAAGAAGACCGGAAGUACUCAAAAACGAUAUGAAAGUGUUCUUCUGUAAAUACAAUGAUCCGAUCUAUGUCAAAUUGGCUAAGCUUGAAAUCAUGUGUCGACUAUCCAAUUCGACGAACGUCGACCAAGUGCUUUCGGAGUUGAAGGAAUAUGCAACUGAAGUAGAUGUAGAUUUCGUGCGUAAGGCUGUCAGAUCCAUUGGAAGGCUUGCAGUAAAGAUUGAAUCAACAGCAGAUCGAUGCAUUGCCGCCUUAAUUGACCUUAUUCAGACUAAAGUCAACUAUGUCGUUCAAGAAGCUAUUGUAGUGAUAAAGGACAUUUUCCGUAAAUAUCCAAAUCAAUAUGAAGUUAUAAUAGGAACGCUAUGCGAAAACUUGGAUAAUCUUGAUGAACCUGAAGCAAAAGCUGCAAUGAUAUGGAUCAUCGGACAAUACGCAGACAGGAUAGAGAACGCAGACGUUCUGUUAGAUGACUUCCUAUAUUGCUUUUUAGAUGAGCCUGUUGAGGUACAAUUAGCUCUCUUAACAUCCACAAUAAAGCUUUUUAUAAAGCGUCCAGCAGCGGGUCAGGAUCUCGUUACCAAAGUGCUUAAAUGGGCCACAGAAGAAGUAGACAACCCGGAUUUACGGGAUCGCGGAUACAUAUACUGGCGACUACUUUCGACUGAUCUGGCUGCAGCCAAGAAAGUAGUUUUAUCGGAGAAACUAAAAAUCUCAACAGAGAGCGAAAACACGGAUCAAAUGCUCUUGGAUGAGUUAUUGUUACAUAUUUCUAGCCUAUCAUCAAUAUAUCAUAAGACACCACAGACUUUCAUUCAUCACACUAAAGUACGGCGCCUGAUACCAUCACCAGUAUUAAAUAGAAAGGUUAAUGGAACGUCAACACCAAUCCAAAUCGUUAAUGGAGGAUCAAGUCGAACAACCGAUUCUAAUACACGCACGGAUACUACUAGCGCUGAGCGAACUUUCAACAACUUGCUCCUGGAUUUAUGA